CCGCGGCUUCUACUUCCGGCCUGGGCUUCUGUCAUAAAGCCGAUCCCUCCCUUCAAGUGAGGCGUCGCGGGUUCGGCUCCCCUUUGCCCGGGGUCAACGAGCAAGGACGGGUGCGGGCGGAGGAACUUUCUAGCCCACAGCCGGAGCCGGACCUGGCGUUCCCGGCCUGCUCUAGCACCUCUGCUUGGCUCAGAUCCGACUGACUUUCCAGCACCCCACGACUUGAGGGUCACUGGUUCGUAGCUCCAGGCCUGCGGGCGGUGAAGACCUGCCUGACCCCCCGUACAGUCACGCUGUGCCCGGCCAGCGGCAGCACUUGACGAGUCAUCCCUUCGCCUGCGCCGAGCCAACUUCCUCCUGGACUCCACUUGGAGACCUCGCCCCCCCACCCCCCACCCCGGCUUCCUCCUCAAGAGGUUCUCCACCGCACCCCACUCCCCAGUUAAAUUACACCUGAGAGUUUGGAGUUUAAGGUGUCAUGCUGAAAGAUUAAUAAGAAUCAGCACCCAGUUGAUUAAAACAAAAUUAAUGGUCACUAAAGAGUUUGUGAGAAAAGCGAAAUCUAGUAUAAACAGGAGACUAUGGCUGAGCACGGGGCUCACGUUACCACUGCUUCUGUGGCGGAUGAUCAGCCAUCCAUCUUUGAGGUGGUAGCACAGGACAGUUUAAUGACAGCAGUGAGACCAGCUCUGCAGCAUGUGGUCAAGGUUUUGGCAGAAUCAAAUCCUGCACACUAUGGCUUCUUUUGGAGGUGGUUUGAUGAAAUCUUUACUCUCCUAGAUCUUUUGCUCCAGCAGCAUUAUCUGUCUAAAACCAGUGCCUCUUUCUCUGAAAAUUUUUAUGGUUUAAAGCGGGUUGUAAUGGGAGACUCUCGCAAGUCUCAGAGAUUAGCCAGUGCUGGUCUCCCCAAGAAGCAGCUUUGGAAGUCAAUUAUGUUCCUGGUUCUUCUUCCCUAUCUCAAAGUGAAGCUGGAGAAGCUGGUGUCUAACCUGAGAGAAGAGGAUGAAUAUUCUAUUCAUCCCCCCUCUUCCCACUGGAAACAAUUUUACAGAGCCUUCUUGGCAGCCUAUCCAUUUGUUAACAUGGCCUGGGAAGGCUGGUUUUUUGUACAGCAACUUAGCUACAUCCUAGGAAAAGCUCAGCAUCACUCUCCUCUGCUGAGACUGGCUGGAGUUCGGCUAGGCCGACUGACAGUUCAGGACAUACAAGCCAUGGAGCGCAGAUUGGUUGAGGCCCACAUGAUUCAGCAACCAGCCAGGAGCAGUAUUAGUGAGAAAAUAAAGUCAGCUCUGAAGAAAGCUGUGGGAGGUGUUGCCUUCUCCCUCUCUACUGGACUUUCUGUGGGUGUGUUCUUCCUGCAGUUUCUUGACUGGUGGUACUCUUCAGAAAAUCAAGAAACCAUCAAAUCAUUGACUGCCCUACCUACUCCUCCACCACCUGUACACCUCGACUACAAUUCUGAUUCCCCACUGUUACCCAAAAUGAAGACUGUGUGCCCACUAUGUCGUAAAACCAGGGUGAAUGAUACUGUUCUGGCCACAUCUGGCUAUGUGUUUUGUUAUCGCUGUGUGUUUAACUAUGUGAGAAGUCACCAAACUUGUCCCAUCACAGGUUAUCCAACAGAAGUACAGCACCUAAUUAAGCUGUACUCCCCUGAGAACUGAAAGGAUUAGCAAAUUAUCUCACAGCUCAAGUAUUGUACUAUAUAGCCACAGGGCUAUAUAGUUUUUCAGGAUGGCACACAGCACUGAUACCUUACCCAGUUCAAAAUUAAAUUAAUUUUAAUGACAUGGAUUCCUUCUAGAGGAUAUGUCCAUUUGGUCCUAACCUUUUAGCCUGCUCUCCAGACCCCAACUUACCAUGAACCUGGUUAAAGUUGGAGACUCAAGGUUGUAGGGGAUGUAAGGGCCACCUACAGGUGGAUUGAAGAGGAACAAGAGAUACAGACACUCUCCGGAAAACUUCAGCUUGGACUUCAUAAAAUGAACGGCUAGGGGAAGCAGGCCUUCUCUUUAGAAAACAUCUCUGCCUAUGAGGUGGAGGUUUUAUCACUUCCCAAACAAUAUGAAAACAUGGGCAUGUUCUUUAUAAAAAUAGUAAGAAACACUUUAGAAAAAAUUUUUCCAUAUACUCUGACCCACUUGUAAAUAACAUCUACAGUUUAUUAGCAUUUGACAAUUCCUUUAGGAGGUUUAAUGUUUACAUAGGCAGUACUUUAAAAUUUUCAAUGUGAAAGCAAAGCUAACAGUGAAAAGAUGAAGUCAAAUGUUAACCUAAUGAACCCUUAAUGAAUAAUGAGACUUUUUAAUAAACUCUGCUUUGCCAUUAGAGUUUGCUCAACUGA